UUACCCCUAAAUUCUCGAUCUGGAAAAAUCUUUAGGGUCGGAAAUCUGAGUCUCCUUCACUUCUUCUCCGUCUCGGCGUAUCUUUAUUGCUUCGCGAAAGGUCACAUCUAUUUUCUCUCUCUAUUCGGUGUCUCUCUGUGGCGUUUAUGUACAUAUAUAAUCUAUAUGUUUUGUAUUUUUCUCGUUUAUAUCGCUGUCAGUGCGGUGGAGAAGGCCAAUCGUUGGCGGGUUUGAUCUCACAAUUGGAAUCCGAUAUAUCCUGGGGGAAUUUCGUUGAAUUUAUUUGGAUGGGGGAGGGAGGUGUGUAAUCUGUGAGGUUUGGAUGUAGUGAGGGUUUGGAUGUGAUCGAGAAAUAGUGUUGUUGUGUAUCUAUUGUGUAAAUGCUUCUGGGAGGGGAUCUAGGUCUGCGCGUUCUCGUGGCGGCGUUCCUGGUGUUCAUAGGGCCACUGCUGGGCUUUUUGGUCCGCCAGAAAUGGCGGCACGCGGAGGCUAGGAGGGAGGAGAUCGACCGGCUUUUGGUUUUGGCUUCUGAGGAGGCUGCUAGGGCUGAGUUCGAGGCGGCUGCGGAGUACGGCUUUGAGUAUAGCAGCUAUAGCUUCGGCUCUGUGGUGGGGGAUGAGGUGCCGGCGGCGGUUCCGGCGCCUGCUCCGGUAUCUUCAACCUUGACAUCUGUGCCAGUUGCGCGGCAACUGCCGUAUCAAUGUGCUCAGUGCUUUUCCUCAGCUUCUACGCGGUGCUCCCGGUGUAAAGCGGUUCGAUACUGCUCUGGUAAAUGUCAAAUCAUCCAUUGGAGACUGGGCCACAAAGAUGAAUGCCAUCCACCUGUCAACAACAAUCAUGACAGUUAUGGUAAAGGAGCCAAUGAUUUUAAGGUAUUUAGGCAAGAAGCAAAUGAAGGUUAUGCUGAAGGAAUUGAGACUGAAGAGAGGAACACUCCUGGAUCAAUUGAUGCAUCUUUUGCAGAGCCUACAUGUUCUGAACCCAGUAUCUCUGGGGCAGAAAACACAGAAGAUGUUAUGGAAGGAAAACAUUUCACAGAUGAUGGAACUACAAACUCAGACUCUGAGUUUUCACCUCAUUCAUUUUCAACUUCCACUACUUCUAGUGAAUCCUUUUCCAGCACAUCCAUCAGUGAUGAUUCAGAUGGUUUUGACAAAUCUGUUGGUGCUGGUUCUGGUCACACAAAAACUUGGCCAACCAACUCAGAUCAUAAGCCACAAUUUCUGGAGCAAUCUGCAGUGCCCAGUUCUGUAAAUGUUGUCUCUUCAAGUAAAUCUGGUCAUGUGAAUCCCAGUGCUGAUAAGAAUACAAAAUCAAAGUCAUCAAAUUCAACAGUAUCAAGUGUUAAUGGCUCUAGUGAGUCUUCAUUAUCUGUGUCAUCUGUACCCUCUUCUGGCUUUUGGGAAGGAACUGCUCACUACAGUAGAUCUAAAGUGAAUGUAGUGGAUGAUGUUUCUCAUCCUGAUUCUGAAGAUGUUUCAUAUUCUUGGUUGCCCACAAACCGUUCUUCUGAAAUGGCAAGAACUUCAAGUCCCAGUGUGGAUGAACAAGGCCCAAAAGCAAAACCAAGUGAUGCAGCCCAGCUCUUACAAGUUAAAGAUAAUGUAGACUUGAAAAGGUCUUCAUUGAGACCCGAUUCUCAUAAUACUAUUGAUCUCAAUAAGGCCAGUGUCAGAAGUACAUCAAGUUUUAAGGAAUCUAGACGCUCUUUAUCUACUGCUUCCGAUGCUUGUAAAGUGGAGCAUUUAGUGAAUAAUGACACAUUGAAAGUCAAUUCCCCACCAAAAGCAUCUGAUAAGAGCAUUGAAGGCUUGAAGAAUGUUUCACAAACUCCAAAAGCCAGACAAGUUGAAUCUCUUUCUACAAAGGCUCCUAAUGGUCAUCCAUCUUCUAAUAACAGAAGACAUGAUUCUCAAGGUGCAAAGUCUGCAAAGAUUGAUAGUGCACAAGUUACUGCUUGCUCAUCAGAUUCUGGAGGUGAUUCACAAAGUUCUAAGAGUGGCUUAAAAUCAUCGGUGUCUAAAGUUGUUGAUCAACUCAAAGCUUCAAAGUCACGGCAUAAUUCCUUAGGAGCCUGGAGUGAGAUUGGAGGAAGAUAUAAUAAUAAGGGUCUAUUUCCAUAUGAGUUGUUUGUGAAGCUUUUUAACUCAAAAAAGGUUGAAUUACGUCCAUUUGGCCUCACAAAUUGCGGGAACAGUUGUUAUGCUAAUGCUGUCCUUCAGUGCCUGGCGUUUACUCCACCCUUCACGGCUUACUUCCUUCAAGGCUUCCAUUCAAAAGGAUGUGCAAAGAAAGAUUGGUGUUUCAACUGUGAAUUUGAGAGUUUAGUUCUAAAAGCAAAGAAUGGGAAUUCUCCGCUCUCCCCUAUCCGGAUAAUUUCCCAUUUGGAGAAUAUUGGGAGCAGUCUUGGUAAUGGGAGAGAAGAAGAUGCUCAUGAAUUUCUCAGGUAUGUCAUUGAGACCAUGCAAUCUGUUUGCUUAAAGGAAGCAGGUGUCCGUACAUCAUGCUCUUUGGAAGAGCAGACAAGUCUCAUUGGGCUUACAUUUGGGGGCUUCCUUCGUUCAAAGAUUGAGUGCAUGAGGUGUGGAGGCAAAUCUGAGAGGCAUGAAAGAAUAAUGGACCUUACAGUUGAAAUUGAUGGAGAUAUUGCAAGCCUGGAAGGAGCUUUAAGACAAUUCACACAUACUGAGAUUCUAGAUGGUGAAAACAAGUACCAUUGCAGCAGAUGCAAAUCAUAUGAGAAAGCCCGGAAGAAGUUGAAAAUAUUGGAGGCCCCUAAUGUCCUCACUAUUGCAUUAAAGAGAUUUCAGUCAGGUAAAUUUGGGAAGCUGAACAAGACAAUAACAUUUCCUGAGAUUUUGAAUCUGGCCUCCUAUAUGAGUGGAACAAGUGAUAAAUCACCAAUAUAUCAGCUUUAUGGAGUUAUUGAACAUGAGGACGUCAUGAAUGCUGCCUUUUCUGGGCACUAUGUUUGCUAUGUCAAGAAUUUUCAAAAUAAGUGGUUCAAGGUCAAUGACAGCAAGGUAAAACCUGUGGAAAUUGAGAGCGUCUUGUCAAAGGGAGCUUACAUGCUUCUCUACUCGAGGUGCUCUCCACGUGCCCCAAAAUUAAUAAGGAGUUUGACUUCUCAUGAUCCAAGGGGACAGAAAUAUGUAAAUUGUAAAUCAAGUUCUCACACAAAUUCAUGGGAUCUCUCUAAAGGUGAUUCUACAAAUGACCCAGCAUGUAGGGAAUGCUUCAAUUCUGUUCAAGCGAGUUCCUGGCCACAUCGGACAAUAUUCGAGGACUCAUCCAGUGACAACUCAUCGUCUCUUUUCUCCGAAGGCUGUUCUUCUAGCACAGACAGCAGCUACAGGGAUUCAAUAAGCGCAGAGGAUUAUGCAGCAGAUCAACUAUUUGGUGAUCCUGGAGGCGCCUGUUGGAAUAGCCCUUGGAGGAUCUCUACUGAUUCCGACACAUCUUCAUCCUCGUCCUCUCCUUCUCCAUUGUAUUCAAGGCAUUCACGCCUCUCUAAUAUGGGGCAUUACGCGUCAGGCUAUCCCGAGACGAGUGGAUAUGCAGAUUCAGCCGUCGAGGAUCGGGGAUUUUGGACAGGAACAUGUGAUCCCGAGGUAUCGAAAAGCAAAGGAAGUAUUCCCUCGUUGAGUCCGGAUUCAGCCAAACAGUGUAGACAUUUAGGUGGUAGUAGUAGUAGCGGCGGCCAGAGGUUAGGAUCGGAUAAACCUUUUGGAACCAUGAAAUAUAGAUGAGGUAAACCCCCAAUUUGAACAUCAUACAAUUAAGUUUUGGUAAUGUAAAGUGGUAAAUAAACUUUGAUGAGUUGUAGAGUUGGGGGUUAGAGGUUGGGUGUACGUCUUGGGCCGUGUUAAGAAACCGGCCAUAAUUUUGUCACUCUUCCCCUUAUAUUUGUAGGGAGUAACAUAUAUAAUAUUUAUAUAUAUAUAGUUUUUAACAUGAAUAUAAAA